AUGAUUGAACGUCCAAAAUUAAGUGAUGCGGUUAUUAUUUCGACGUUGGACGACCUUCACAUAGAACCAUUAGUUGCAUUUGCGAAUGAAAAAUAUCAUAUUUUGUUAGAAAAACCCAUGGCUGUCACUAUUGACGGUUGUGUGGAGAUUUCCAACGCCAUUAUAAAGAAUGAGGUUGUAUUUGCCGUGGGUCAUGUCUUAAGAUAUACCCCACAUAAUGUUGUAGUUAAGGAAAUAAUCGAUGCUGGUUAUCUCGGAAAUAUUGUAAAUAUUCAACAUAUGGAGCCUGUUGGAUUCUGGCAUUUUGCGCAUUCGUAUGUAAGGGGUAAUUGGAGGAAUGAGGCCCAAUCUAGUUUUUCUUUAAUGACAAAGAAAAUUAGUUCAUUCGGUAGUUUAAUGCAUUUUAAUUCAGAAAAUAAACCAAAAGAGGCUGGUGACGCAAAAAAUUGCUUCGAAUGCAAAAUCGAAGAAACGUGCCCUUAUUCCGCCAAGAAAAUCUACAUUGAUAAUAGUUUUAAAAAAGGAGUGCGAUCUUGGCCUGUCAAUGUUGUUACGGAUAUUGUUG